AUGGGGGACAAGGACGGCAGCAUCAACACGCACGGCGUGUGCGCAGCUGGGAUCCGGGCGUUCCUGACAGAUCUUCAAGAUGCGUUUCCUGACUCCUACCAGGACUUGACGACUCAAGAGGCGUGUACCUCGCUCGUGGUUCCUCGUACAAAGGAGAGCGAGUGUGCAUACCUUGAGGUGAUGCGGGCAGCAGAUGCAGCACUUGUUGCCCCAGCAACUGUGUUUGUGUCCCAUGCUUGGCGAUACAAGAUCGCUGAUGUGUUGACAACCCUGCUCGAGUUUGCAAAGGAAGAGAAGGAUCGCACGGGUGAAGAGCCCUUCUUCUGGUUUGAUCUCUUUGUCAACAACCAACACACGAAUGUCACUGCCAACUUACCGCAAGAAUGGUGGAGCACCACGUUCAAGGACUCCAUUGCUGCUAUCGGCAAAGUGCUGCUUGUGCUGACCCCCUGGAACAAUCCUGUGCCGCUCACCCGUGCGUGGUGUUUGUGGGAAGUAUUCUGCAGCAUCAGCCAAGACAACGUCGGGCUGGCAAUUCGCCUGCCAGCGCAGCAACACUCUGCAUUCAUGCAGGCGAUUGUGGAUAACUUUGAGGUUGUCACCGACAUGCUCGUGGAGGUGCGCGCUGAGAAGGCGGAUGCCUGGGAUCCGGCCGACAAGGACAUGAUUUUUCAUGCCAUCCAGUCUUCCGUUGGCUUUGCAGCCCUGAACAAGGCCGUCAAAGACCAGAUGCGAGCGUGGUGUCUCAACAAUGCCAUCGGCUUUGUCACGAAUGCGCCAGCGACCGACGAUGACAUCGACGACGAAGACAUGCUCGCGCACAACUUCUCUCGGCUGUGCAUGCAAGUCGGCGCUAUUCUCCUCAUGUUUGGUGAUCACGACCGCGCCAUUGAGAUGCUGGAGAAGGCACUGGCCAUUUUCAAACGACUUUGGGGUGGUGAACAUGCGCAGAUCGCAACCGCGUACACGACGCUUGGCGCGGCAUACAGCGCGAAAAGUGACUACUCCCGCGCCAUGGAGGCCCUGCAGGCCGGCCUGGGCAUGCAGCUGCGCAUUAACGGCGAGGAGCACGAGAGCACUGCAUCCACCUACAACACGCUCGGCUCCACUUGCAUCAGCAUGGGCGACUAUGACCGAGGGAUUGAGUACCAGGAGAAGGCGCUCAAGGUCCGGACCACUGUGCUUGGCCCCGACAACGUGAAGACGGCCACAGCACACAACAACCUCGCCAGAGGUCUGUUUGAGAAGGGCGACUACAAACGCACCAUUGAGCACUUUGAGGAGGCGGUCCGCAUCAGCUGUGCUGCAAGCAAGGACGGUGACAAGCACCCAAACACGGGCGCCACCUACAACAACCUCGGCCGCACCUAUGACGCACUCGGGGACUACGACAAGGCGCUGGCAUCGUAUCAGCGCGCUGUGGAGGUGUUCUGCGACACGCUUGGCGAGGAUCACAGCACAACGGGCCUGGCAUACGGCAACAUUGGCACCGUCCACGACAGCAAGGGUGACUACGACAGGGCGGUGGAAUACUUUGAGAAGGCGAUCGCAAUCGUUGUGGCUGCGCUUGGUGACGAGCACCCGAGUGUGGCCAACCUCUACAACAGCAUGGCGUCAGCUUUCAUGGGACAGGGCCGCUACGACCAGGCGCUUCAGAUGUACGAGAAGGACCUGCAGAUCACGCAGGCCUCGCUCGGCGAGUGGCACAUGGGCACUGCGGCAAGCUACGGCGGACUGGGGUCGGCGUACCGCGCGCUUGGCGAAUACGACCGCGCUAUUGAGAUGUAUGAGAAGGACUUGGCCAUCGGUGUUCGCGUGAUGGGCGAGAAGCACCCAGAUGUGGCAACGACGUACUCCAACCUCGGCGCCGCAUACAGCAACAAAGGAGAGCACGACCGCGCCAUCGAGCACUUCAUCAAGUGCUUGGAGAUUACCAUUGCCGCCUUUGGGAACGAGCACCCUGACGUGGCCACAUGCCUCAACAACCUCGGCAGUGCUUACACCUCCAUCGGCGCCGCAGAUGAUGCAGUGGAGUUCCUGCACAGGGCUGUGGAGAUUCGGUCGGCAGUGCUGGGCAACAUGCAUCCUGAGACAGCUGUUGCUGUGUCGAACCUUGGCCGCGCCUUGCGUGCGACUGGCGAUGACGACCAGGCCCUUGAAUGCUUUGAGCUCGCGCUUGAGAUCAAUCGCCGUGUGCUUGGGGACGACCACCCCAGCACUGCGCGGGCACUGAACAGCAUCGGCCAUGUGUCCAAAGGCAAGGGCGACUUUGCAACAGCGGUGGAGGCUUACAAAUGCGCAGCAAGAAUUAUGGAAGCAAGCUUUGGUGCUGACCAUCCACACACAUGCGUGGUCAAAGCCAACCUUCAAGAGGCUCAAGCUGCGCUUGAUGAAGCUACCAGCGCGUCACAAUCUCAGACUCCUGUGAGUUCGUUUGUUGUUUUGUGUGAUGCCGUGCGUCCUGGGCGCCUGUCAGGCUGGCUGAGGAAGCGCGGGUUGUGGAACACAGCAUUUCAAACACGCUGGUUUGUGCUCACGGAUGAUGCUCUCAUCUACUACAGGACCCAGCACGACCGAGUGCACAAGGGAAAGAUCAACCUCAACCUCAUCACAAAGUCCGAGUUGAAACAGAAACAGCACCAACGGCCCCGCUCCAGCUCCAGCUCAACCGAUGCGGAUGUUGUUGUCAAUGAACUUCACAUCACCGUUCCCGGCCGAACCUUUGUCAUUCGCGUUGACGAGCGCUCCGAUCAGACACUCGCCGAGUGGGCUGAGGCUAUCCAUCAAGCCCAGGCACAGAGGCGUAUUGGAAAGUGA